UGUAGGGUGCUGUAUUAGUAUUCCACCAUCAUCCUAGAUCUAUUUUUUCCUUUUUCCGUUUUAGAUCAUUUUCACGUUUGCGCUCUUCCUCUAUUUCUCCUCCGUUGAACCGUAUUCUGAGAUCUCCAUUGAAGCGGCUUCUGAGCUUCUCUCCUCCAUUAAACCACCUUCCGAGUUUGGAAUCAAUUGAAGGAGAUAGCUGAGAAUAUGGAUUCUUCGGCAGCUCUAUAUACCAAACUUAAGGGAGCACAGCCAUUCUUCUUGAUGGCGGGACCUAAUGUGAUAGAAUCAGAAGAGCAUAUAAUGAAGAUGGCUAAGCACAUUAAGGCCAUAACAACCAAACUUGGGGUGCCUCUGAUCUUCAAGUCCAGCUUCGACAAAGCGAACAGGACAUCUUCUAAAUCAUUUAGGGGUCCUGGUAUGGCUGAAGGGCUUAAAAUCCUUGAGAAAGUGAAAGUAGCAUAUGACCUUCCUAUAGUGACUGAUGUGCAUGAAAGUGAUCAGUGUGAAGCUGUAGGUAAAGUUGCUGAUAUUAUCCAGAUCCCGGCUUUCUUAUGCCGUCAAACGGAUCUCCUUGUUGCAGCUGGCAAAACAGGGAAAAUCAUCAAUAUUAAAAAGGGUCAAUUUUGUGCUUCUACUGUUAUGGUGAACUCUGCUGAAAAAGUCCGAGGUACUGGCAAUCAAAAUGUGAUGGUUUGUGAGAGAGGGACUAUGUUUGGGUACAAUGACUUGAUUGUGGAUCCCCGGAACUUGGAAUGGAUGAGAGAAGCUAAUUGCCCCGUUGUAGCUGAUAUCACUCAUUCACUACAACAACCUGCUGGUAAGAAGUUGGAUGGUGGAGGUGUUGCUAGUGGAGGGUUUCGGGAGCUGAUUCCGUGUAUUGCUAGGACAGCAGUUGCAGUCGGAGUUGAUGGAAUCUUCAUGGAGGUCCAUGAUGAUCCAUUAAGUGCUCCAUGUGAUGGACCCACACAAUGGCCUCUUCGGCAUUUAGAGGAGUUGCUGGAAGAGCUGAUCGCUAUUGCUAAAGUAAGCAAGGGGAAGCAACAAUUUGCGAUUGAUCUCACACCAUUCCGUGAUUAGGAAGAUCUUCCAUCAUUGGUUUGUAACCUCAGCUCAUUCUUUCAUUUCCUAAGUGGAUUUGAGAUUAUCAAAUGCUGCUUGUUUACAAACUUUGCAGUAUCAACUAGGUUAGUCAUUUAUUGAGAGCCUUACUCUCUUUAAAGAGUCUGAAACUGAUUUAUUGUUACUGGCUAAUAACCUUGUAUUGCUAUAAUGUAUCAAUUUAUGCCAUUUAUGAAGUUUUCAAUUGUUUCUUAAA